CUCUUCUUCUUGCUUCAUUGUUUUUGGAGGGUUCAUAGUGUUGGCAUCCUUCAUGUGUAACCCAAAACCAUCCUCUCCUCCUUCAGUCAUCCUCCCAACCACCACCACCACCAAGUCCAUGGAUCCUCAUCCACAUUCUAAACUUCUCCAUCCUCAACAACAACAACAACAACAACAACAGCCAAAUCUCCAAGAUCCAGAUCAAGAGAAACUCCUUCAUAGAUGGCCAACUCCUUCUGAGCAGGUGGUGGAGGAAAUGAAAGCGCUGGGGAAAAUCUCUGGCCCGACCGCACUAACGGGGCUGAUCCUCUACUCCAGGGCCAUGAUAUCCAUGCUGUUCCUCGGCUACCUCGGGGAGCUGGAGCUCGCCGGCGGCUCCCUCGCCAUCGGCUUCGCCAACAUCACCGGCUACUCCGUCAUCUCCGGCCUCGCCAUGGGGAUGGAGCCCAUCUGCGGCCAGGCCUACGGCGCCAAGCAGAUGAAGCUCCUGGGGCUCACCCUCCACCGCACCGUCCUCCUCCUCCUCACCGCCUCCCUCCCCAUCUCCCUCGCCUGGCUCCACAUCGAGCCCAUCCUCCUCCGCUGCGGCCAGGACCCCAACAUCUCCGCCGCCGCCGCCACCUUCGCCGUCGCCUCCAUCCCGGACCUCUUCCUCCUCUCCUUCCUCCACCCGCUCCGCAUCUACCUCCGCACCCAGGGCGUCACCCUCCCCCUCGCCGCCUGCUCCGCCGCCUCCCUCCUCCUCCACCUCCCCCUCAACUUCCUCCUCGUCGGCCACUUCAAACUCGGCAUCGCCGGCGUCGCCGCCGCCGCCGUCGUCACGAACCUCAACCUCAUCAUCCUCCUCUGCUCCUUCGUCUACCUCUCGGGGGUUUAUAAAGAGUCCUGGGUCCCGCUGGGGCCCGACUCUUUCAGAGGGUGGGGACCGCUAAUACGAUUAGCGGUCCCCACGUGCGUUUCGGUAUGCUUGGAGUGGUGGUGGUACGAGCUCAUGAUUCUCCUCUGCGGGCUGCUGCCCAACCCAAAGUCAACGGUGGCGUCAAUGGGGAUUCUGAUUCAGACGACGUCGUUGGUCUACGUCUUCCCUUCUUCUUUGAGCCUCGGGGUUUCCACCCGGGUCGGGAACGAGCUCGGGGCGAACCGGCCCGGUCGGGCGCGGGUUUCGAUGAUGGUGUCGAUGGUGUGCGCGGCCGGGCUGGGUGUCGUGGCGAUGGUGUUUGCCGGGCUGAUGAGGUGGCAGUGGGGCCGGAUGUUCACUGCCGACGUGGAGAUUCUGGAGCUGACGUCGAUCGCGCUGCCCAUUGCCGGGCUGUGCGAGCUGGGCAACUGCCCGCAGACGACGGGCUGCGGGGUGCUGAGGGGGAGCGCGAGGCCGACGGUCGGGGCGAACAUCAAUCUGGGGUCGUUUUAUUUGGUGGGGAUGCCCGUGGCGGUCGCGCUCGGGUUCGGGGCGGGUAUGGGGUUUCCGGGUCUGUGGGUCGGGUUGCUUGCCGCGCAAGGCUCAUGCGCCGUGCUCAUGCUGGUGGUUCUGUGGCGGACGGAUUGGAUGGACCAGGUGGAGCGCGCCAGGGAGCUGACCAAGUCGUCGACGGAUGUCGUGGGAAAAGUUCCUGUGCUGCCGGUUACAGCUUCCCCGUGUGAGCCCGCCGUUGAUUUUGUGGGAGGGAAGGAGACCAAGAAGGUUGACGUUGACGUUGACGAGACGAUACUGUGCAUUAGAGAUGAUGAUCGGGUGGAGACGGAACCACUGAUCCCGCCGGGGGAGAAUGCAAAGCAGUAGUAGUACUGAACUUCGGAGCAUGAGCAGUACUGUAAUCAUUGGUUCAUUGAUUGGUUAGAUUUUAUUGAUGAUUAGUUAUAAAAUUAAUGAUCAUGGGUGCAUGUGGCUUAAUUCCUCUACUGCUAAAAAAAAAAAAAAAAAUUAACCAAUGGUCCUGCAUGUGGG